AUGGAAAAGGAACGACCGAAAGCGAAGAGAAGGACCAAAGCCAGAACCAGUCUUGAGGAGGCUCCCCCAGAACCUGUAACUCUAUCCGACUUUGGGUUGGCCGAGAAUCUUCCAAAUACAUCACAAUUACAAGGUAAUGAGGUUCAAAUUGAGGUAGCAGAAGAGGCAAUAGAGGAUGAAGAAGAGGUUAAGGAGACAACUCCGGAGCCGAAAGUUGAAGUCAGGGCCAAAAGUGAAGAGAUAAAUGGAAAAAUUAAGGAAAAGUCGCUGGAUGAAGGGCUAUUACGGUAUGUUGGUAUUUUAAUAUUAUUAUUUGGUCUUUAGGACUACAAACGCGAUGGAAUCGAAGGCUAAGGAGGCUGCCAGAGGCUCAAGUCUAAUUGAACUUCCGCUUGACGCACUUCUUCCCAAGCACAGUCGAGAGGAAACUCGAGUUCUCCCACCCGCUUAUCCUGAUCUCACAGCUCUGAAGACCCCUGAAAUUGAUGUGAAACCGCCGAGUCCGGUCGAAAGAACCAGGAAUCUUUAUCCGGACCUAAGAGCUUUGGCUACGGCUCCAGCCAGGGAAGAAGUAAUUGUUAGGAAUGAAACGGAAUUGCUGCAGGAAAUGGACUUGCUUCAGUACUAUCACAACGAAGAGCUGGACUCCGUUGAUGAUUUUGUUGAGCAUUUCAAUCAGGUGAGACAAGUUUGAAAUCUUUAUUUUGCGUUUAGAAAGAACUUCGGCCUCGAAAUUUACUCUACGAACUGUUGGAUCGAUUCAAGACGGCCUGUGAACAAUUAGAAAGAGACUCCGAACUCAAGAAUCAGAUGGGAAUCCAGCUCUCCAAGACGAAUAAUGAGGUCUGGAACACGGUGGAUCAUAAGAUUGCUCAUUCGGGACGUUGCGGAUGUGACAGGUCGGCUCAUGGAGAAGCCUACUACAAGAAAGCCACCUUAAUGCCGGAGAAAUUGGUCCAACUACAAGCGGAAUUAAACGAUUUGACCUCUUUGGAGCUGGGACAAUUUUUUUGUGUGGAAAUUAGAGCUCGAUCAUUGGCGUUACAGAUUCAGUGGAUCGUAAUUCACUUGAACAAUCGUUUCAUGAGUGCACAACAACUCAAUAUGAACUCACUUCCGACUUGUAAGCAGAUCAUUUGAAUUCUUAUUUUGAUUAUAUUGCAGUAGUCUCAACCCAACGAAAUUUCGAACCUCACAGGACGGAACUGAUCGGAGCUUUGUCGGAUCUCUUCUACUUUCUGAGAUUUCCAAUGCUGCCGAAAAGAUUCAGAGAUUCGGUGACCAAUUGGAUUGUGGAAUUGGUAUGUUAUACUUGAUGGAUAAGAUCAUUUUUAUGUUUUUAGACCUCGGUUCUACUGAAAGCCAUCUCACCCGUGGAUCAGAAGUUUGUUGUGUGCCAAAUCUUGCGCUCCCCAUCUCCAAUCGAUCCUUGGGCUGUGCCUCUGCUACAAACUUUCAUUACAGUACCAACUUUGGAACCGAAGAGAGCAAUAGACACAUUUUUGGCCCUUUUAGCAUUAGUUUUGCAUCCAAUUCAGAAGCGAGAAGAGUUUCUCAGCCAUUUUGCAAGAUUCUACGAAGGCGAUAAUGAGUGGAAUGUGGUCAGUGAGGACGGGGAUACGGUAGGUCUUCUAAAGUAAUAUAAUUUUGGCUUUUAGGAGAAUGUAAACCUGACAGAUAUGAAUGAACUGGAUCUAAUAGCACUAUUUGGACAAUUUUCAAUGAGCUCGCUUUUUUCAGUGGCGCUAAAACACUUCACUUUUGUCCAUCGUGAGUUUCUUUGUAUUGUACUUGACAUGAUAUUUUUAUUUUUUUAGAAGGAAACAAGUAUCAGAUAAUGCUCUCACUUAUCUCAUUCACUCUGAUCGUCCUCAAACUUCUGAAUCAGGGCCUCAGGACCUAUAAUUCGUUGAAAAAUGUAUCAAAGAAAAUUUGUGAUUACAUAAGGUAAGACAAAAGAACGAAUAAUAUAAUUUCUAGGAGAAUGACUCAACUUUUAUCGAGCUAUUGGAUGCUCUCCAAGGAUGAGAUGUCAAAUGCAAUGAGAAGUCAGGUUCAAAAUGAGAUUAAUCGGGUCAUCCUCAUAGCUGUUAACCAUGUUAUAUCUAAAAAAAGGUAAAAAAUUACAAAUUGUCAAUUGAUACAUGGUGUGAAUGGCUAUAUUUAUUUCAGUGUGGGUCUGUGGCAAUAUCUGGUCGAUUUUCCAUUUGUUGGAUUGACGGAGAAGGCGAGAUUACGGGUUAUUUUAAUGUUAAAAGCUCCAAAAAUUUACGAUUUUGCCAAAGUUUUUGAGAUCGAAGAUUGCAAAUUGAAUGAGGAAGUGAAGAGUGAGUUGAUUUUGUAGUUUUUGGGGGCAAUUAAUGUGUAAUUGGUGACUUGUGAUGUUAUUUUAGAAGGAAAAUUGCUGGAAGGUCUGGAUCAGCACGAAGAAGAUUCGACCUACAGUAUCCUGGUCCUGGCCUCAGUCGUCGCGGAAUGCGAGAAGUUCGAUGCUCGCACUUUUAUGGAUGAGCUGAUCGAAAUCUGUUUCCUGGAUGAAUUCAGCCGCGAAAAGUAUUACAAAGCCGGAUCCGAAGCCGUUUCGGUGCUGCUGGAGAGGAAGCCAGAACUCCUCCCAUCCAUUCUAAGAUACGUCGACAGGCAGAUCGACCAUCUCGACGCAUACGCGGUGGAUAUUUUGACGAAUGCAUCCCUGAAAAAGUGUAAGAUCAGCCCGGACGACAUUGGAUCGAUCCUCGGAAAGUGGCUUGUCAACCGACCGGUCGAUCAUCCGGCAUCAUCGAUCGCCCGAAGAGUCCUUUCCUCACUGGAUUGGUCCUCGGAACCCUACUUUUUGCCGCCAGAAUCUCAUGAGAUUUGCGCCGAUACCAUCGUGAAAUCCCACAUUGUUCAUUGUAAAAACCGCAACUCUCUGAUUUCAAAAUCAUUCCAAAAAGCGGCAAAAAUGGCCAGCAAAUGCCCCGAUCUGGAACAAAACUUUGACAAAUUUUGCUGGGACACCCUGGUCAAGCUGAAAAUUACUAUCAAGGUAACAUGGAUAACAUAAUUUUUAUCGGUUUUAAUACAAUUUUAGCCCUCAUUAAACACACCGACUUCGGAUCUCACCGCCUUCUAUAUUUACCUGAUGCAAAAAGGAAUUUCAACGUGAGUUUUGGAUUUUUUGGAAAGAUGAUGGCUAGUGUAAUAUAAUUUUUAAAAUUUUUGAUAGACAAUUUUUGUUUUGUUGUAGGCCAGAGAUCUUCAUGGAGAAUGGACUUAAUUAUUGGGUGGAACUUGUCAAUUCCGGGUCAUUUAAUGCAGCUGCAGUUGUCUUGGCAUCCCUCGUGAAGCGGGCCUACGGUAGAAUGGCCUACUUUAAUGCCAACAAUUCCUUCCGAGAAGCCUUUGAACGUCUCCUACGAGCCGAUGAGUCCCAUUUUGCGGUGCAGUUCCUAAUGGGGGCGGAUAAAUUCCCGGGCCCUGUUUUGAAACUACUUGGAUCAGCUAUUGCGGUAAGGAUAAUAUAAAAUUUUUGAUUAUUGAGUUUAUUUUUGAGAAUUGUAGUGAUGAUAAAGUUAGAAUAAAACUGAUGUUUAUAGAGUCAGCUUGGAGAAAUUGAAAAUCCCCAGGAGUUGGUCAACAAAUCGGAUGGUUGGUUCUUAUUAAUGGCCUCGAAGAAGAGCAUCGAGUGGAAUGAGGACAAAAGUGUACUGUAUUUGUUGGGAAUUAUGGCUCGAAUUCACUUUGUCAAGGCCACACAUCAAUUUGAUGGGAUGAUUGAGAAGUUUGUCGCGCUUUAUAAGGUCAGAAAACUGAAUUUCUGUAGAACGCGAUAUAAAAAAAUUGAGAUUGAUGUCUGAAAUUGCUGUUUUUUAGAGCUGAAAACUUUUCAAUAUUAUUUUUAGUCCCUAUACAACGCCUGGAAAGAUGCACCGAAAGGAAUGUUGGGCUGGUUCUCGACCCAGAUCCCCCCUCCACUGAUCUCCACCACCCUCAUGAAUGUCUCUCCCUGGCUGACGUACUUUCUUCUGAGAGCUGAGCCACAAAUCUACACUCAAUUUUAUGCAGUCCUCUAUCAGAAUAUGGGAAAACAUCCGGCGAGGUCACUUGAAGAAUGUGUCAAAGUAAGGAUUAUAUUAUACAUGAUGACUGUUGUUUAGAGAGCCCAAUCCAAAUCGAAUAUCAUGCUCGGAGUGAACCGUACGGCUUUCUACAGGUGGCUUGAGUUCUGUAACACCCCUGAGGCAAUUCAAAGUGCAGUUUAUCCACUGGCAUUGCAACAAUUAUGCAUUUGUUUGUUGAAAAGAGAGAAUUUUGAGAGGUAAAGUGGAAAAAUGAGUUGUAUAAUGGUGUGACUUGCAGGAAAAAGUUUUGUCCAGGCGCCCGUUAUCUUUCAUGUCCGGCGGCAAAGCCUUUAUUCGACGAAUUGAGGGAGAAAUCAUUGCCUCAAGCGGAGAAGGACGCCGAGAACGAAAGAUUGGCCGGGUUUAUCAGGGCCACAGGCCAGUGGAUAUUCAAUAAGGACGUUUACAAUCCCGAAUUCUCGAAUUACAACGACCUACCCAUGGAUUAUUUGGUUCAAAUGAUCACUUCCAAUGAUACGGUAUCUAAAAUAAUUUAAUUUUUGUCAUAAUUUGAGAAUCUUCAGCAUAUAUGGACGGAAUUCAUCAGCAUUUCGGAAAUGGAGCAAGCCAUGAGUAAUGAAUCAAAGGUAAGCGUCAUCAGCAAGGGAUACAUUGUAAUUUUAGUUCUUCAAUUACCUCUGCUACCUAAAACAAUCAAAUUCGAAGGCAAAUCUGCAACAGGGCUUCAAUCCACCGACGGAUUUGACCCAAUUCUUCGCUCAGAUCGACUCGACUUCCUCGGCCAAGACUUGUGUCGCCUUCCCGGCCGUCCCUUCACAUCCAAACCUCACUUCGGCUGAUAAUCCGAGUCGACAAACUUGCGAGAAUUCGCCGAUGAUACUGUCCAGAUUCCAAAGCUACCUCGAUCAACUAACUGCCAUGGCUCGGUAAGCUCGGGGAAGGAAAAUUGAGCGAUUUGAGCGCAAAACUUAUGUUAUACUUGAUAUUUUGGUCAUUUCUGGGCAAAAUUUAUAUUAUACUUGAUAUUUUAGUGAUUUCCUGGCAUGCAAGGAGACCGUAGAACGACUCAACACGGAUUAUACGGUUGAUUUCCAAAAACUUUACUACGAACGAAGGACAAAUUUGGCGGUAACACUCCGAUGUGGAAAUUUACUAAACUCGGAAUGCCCAAAGCCCGCCCAAAGAAGUGUCCCAGUCACGGAAAGUGUCUACGAUAACACGGUCGCGGUCAAAAUGAAUGAGAAUCGGCAGGAAAGGGAGAAUAAAAUUGGCGAUUUACUGGGGAAAUUGGACUUUAUGGCCAUCAAUUCGGCCCAACUGGAGCAUCUUUGCUUUGUUUUGCUCGCUUUUGCCAAGGAAAGUGCCGUCCCCAAUGUCUAUGGAGCCGGAAAUGGAGUCGGGUUUGGAUCGAAGGCAACGGAUAUGCUGCGACAGACCGGAAUCAACGUGUUCUACAGACUUUCCAAUAACGUAACGGCCGAACAAAUGCUCUUCCCGGCAUUGAUGUCGGCCUUUGAGAACUGCUGUCAAAUCCUGGGAUCGGUAAGGAAGUUUUGAUAAGUUAUAGGUUUAAGUUUUUAUGGUUUAUAACAGGGCCUAUAGUGAGUGCUUAUGCGGAAAUUAAGAGAUUCGAAAUAAUAUUUUAAAUGCAGAUAUUUGAGAUGUUUUCCAUGAUGGCUUUACUUUGUAAAUACUUGAUGAUUAAUAUAUUUUUGCAGGCAUUCCUCUUCGAAAAUCCCUCGGAACAAUUGAAUAUUCUCCGGAUCGUCCUCUCGGGCAACCCUCUCAACGUCUACAUUAUCCCUCAUUUCUCUCCACAUUGCGUAAAUUCCACGGAAUUGAUCCGAAUUUACACCGAAUUAUCGACCGCCGUAAGAGCUCCAUCGACCGCAGAAUCGGCGCUCGCAUUGCUUCAAAGAUUGGACUUUGUAAAAGCAGGCCGCCUCCUUCCUCCCGACCAGUUCAGCGCCUUAAUGCCAGUGAUUUUUGAGAAUUUGAUUUCGGUCCCCGCCUCAACCCCCUUGCACUCCCUUUGCAUCGAUCAUUUUCAAUGCACCAUGUUCCACCAGUACCCGAAUAACAUUGCCAAAGGCUUUAAACUGCUGCUAAGUGGGAUUGACGCCAAGGCCGUACCGGAAACGAUUCUCCAGACACUCUCGGAACGCCUGAAUGUACAGCAAUAUCUAGUCAAGACCAGGGAUAACAUAAUCAUCGAUCAGAAAUCGGCUUGUUCAAUUGUACUCGCCAUAGAAUGCCUAACCAUUUUAUCGGAUCAGCUGAAGAAAAGUCGACAUGAACAGACCACCAAGUUGUAUUCGAUUUGGGGUAAUCAUCUCGGAUUUGUAACCCAAUUUGCGGAAUAUUUUAUUAAAAAUAUUGUGUGCCAACAGUUCAGAUCAGAUGCACCCACCUCAGUCAUGGAGAAAGGUGAGCUCUUACGUUCAGAAAAUAUAUUUUAGUUGCUUUUGAGACUGAUGUUUUAGUUUAGAAUCAACUUUAGACUUAAUUAUUUACGUAUUUCAGAGCUCCGAGAUGUCUUCCUGAUGAUCCUCAAUGUCUGGACGCCACUUUUGGAACCUAUUCCACCCGAUGGACUCGCUCCAUUCAACCCAUCUGACUCUCAGAUUGCGGAUGUCUCAGUUGUUCAGCCGUUUAUAAAUUUGCUUAUAUGGCUUCCCUACUCCACAUAUUUGCCUCCAGGAUCAGAGACGGUCGAAAGCUUGGUCUGGCAGUUCUUUUCGUCAAAGUUGUCGCAACUUCAACGAGCAGGAACGUCCCAUGUCUUCAGCGUUUAUGUAGGUGUCAUGGAUAAGGUAAAUAAUUGAUGUUUUUUAGGAAAAGCGUUUUGUAUCAUUGAAUUGGGCUAGAUUCUGGCCAACGUUGAUGGAUUUGGCGUCGAUUGAGCGUGUGUGCACGGAUGGUUCGCCCGAGGCGAUGACUUUAAUCACGGAUGUUAUGGUCCGAAUCCAAUGGAUACAGCUGAUCCAAGGGCAAAUGAAUCAGCCGUUAGAGGCUCAUCGAGCCUUCCACUCACUCUUAUUGAGUAUUUUGGCCAGAUGCGCGUAUCGACAGCAGAAUUAUGCGGUAGGUUGGAGUAUCAGGUAUAUUGUACAUGACGAUUUUGAUGAUUAAUGCAUGAAAGACUUCUUUACUUUGCAGAAGUCCCGAGCGUCGGUUGAGAAAUUGCUCCGAGACUUCUUAUCGCUUGGCUAUUGGUCCAUGGUGAAAGUGGAAUCGGUUGAAAAGACAUCUAAUUUUAUAUCAACAUCAUUCCCAGUCGAUUCGUUGACCAAUGGAAACAGUAUUAUCACCGCCUUCAAUAAGUACGUGGGGAAAUAAAACGGGCUGUUUAUUAACGAAAUAUGGUUAAAUUUUAUAGUAAUUUGUAACAUGUUACAGUAUCUGGAAAGAAGUUUGUUUCUUCACCACAACCCAAAUCCGCCAAAGCUUUGACCCAACUGCAAGUGAUCCAGAAAUCAUUGCCAAGAAGCAGAGUCUCUACAUUAAGGCAGAUUUACAACUUCUUUUGAGGUCAAAGCUGAGCGAACAAGACCAAUGUCGCCAUUACAAGGAAUUACUGGACAAAGUCUGCCUCUUAAUUGGAGCAUCCGAGAAUUAUCGGGCUCAGGCCGAUGUUGCCAGAGAGCUGAUCAGUUUCUGGCCGCAGGUUACGAAACCCAAAAUUCUGGAAGGUUUAUAUCAGACGUUAAUUCAAUGGCUAGAAGAUCAUCCAGAUUCGACCUUGUUACUACUGGUCUUGACCUCAACAGUAAAUGCAUUGGGAGUGACGUCACCUCAAAUGUGCCUUAGGCUACUUGACUGGACCAUUAGAAUCUAUUUCAAACGUAAGUUUUUAAUUUUGGAAGAAUUUUUAUGUUAUCCAUGAGGUCGAUGAUAUUGUAGUUGGAAAAAGUGGAGGUCUUUUUUGAUAUUUUUACUGGAAGAUAUGGAAAAUAGGGUUUAUGGCCAGAGGAGGGGUUUUUAAUGCCAGAAAGGAAAAUUUUGAACAUGAUUUUCAUGUUAUACUUUAUACCUAUUUUCAUCGUUCUCAAUUUUAAUUGUGUUUUUGGUUUCAGGAAGACUGUCAUGCAAUUGGAAUGAAGUUUGUAAUCUGGUCACUCUUUCCAGCCCACUGAAGGAAUGGCUAUAUGCAACUCCCAGCUCGGAUUCAGGGAAUGAACCUCGAUUUCUGGUGUUACAUACAAACAUCUUGACGGAAAUGAGCAAAGCCUCAGCUUCAGAUGAGCAGAAACUGAUUCGCAGGAUUUCCGAUUAUUUUAGCACCCUAAAGCCAAAGUAAGACCAUUUUGUUCUAAUUUAUACUGCUUUAGAUACAUUAAUUUCGAAGCCGGCUUUGUCCUUUGCAUCGAUAAAUGGCUGAAAUUGGUGGUAAAGCAGUAUUCGAAUGGAAUUAAUGUCGCCACAGCCAAUGCAAACCUUGAUUCGCUCCAGGAAUUCUUGAAGAAGACGUUCACCGAAGAGAAAGGCGUCUCUUUAUUCAACGUGAUGGCCAUCUUCAGCAAGAAAUCAGCGUUCCCACCCAAGAUUCAAUUGGUCUGCCAGAUUCUGAAUUUGUAUCUAACCCAACAACAAACCAGCUCAACACAAUCCCCAAGACUCCAGGGCACUCAAGCCGUCCUCAAUUCAAGGCAAUCAGCCUUUAAAGACAUCAGAAAAGAGGCCACAAGACAGUUCACCAGCAUAGAUAAUAUCGAGGCCCUUUUCCAGCAACUUUAUCCAUAUUUCCAUCAAGUCAAUGCUUUCACCCUUCUGCAAGCGAGUGACCUAAUGGUUUUGGUCAUCAAAUUCAUCUAUCCGAACAGUCACAAGAUGAUCAGGGCCUUUGAAUGA